AUGAGCAAAGACGAAUCACACGACGCCGACACUGAAGCCUUUUUUAAGGAAAUUCAAGACGACAACAAGCGCGAUUACGCUAAAUGCAGUGUGUCACAGACGUUCGAUGCUGUUUGGAAUUGUUACACACUAGGAGCACAAGCAUUAAAUUACUAUCGAUAUGGUGGAAAGAAGGAUUGCUCUGAAAAAUGGGAGGAUUUCAAGUUUUGUCUUACAACCAAGACCAAGUCAAAUGAAGUAGCCGAUCGCAUGAUACGUAAACGUGAAGAAGAAAAAGCAAUGGAAAAGAAACGGUUACGAAGCUCAGAGGAAGUUUGGGAAUUACGGCAAUAG